AAAUUUUUUAAAAGAAAUCACGAAGUAAACUCCAAUUUUAUUUAUUUAUUUAUUCUUUUUCCAUAUUUUACUAUUGUCCCCCUUUCUUUAACUCUAGUUCUGUGUCUGCCUUUUGUUUAAAACUUCACCGAUACCUCAUUCUAUUUUGUCUUGUUCUUCUUCGUUUCGUAGUAUUAUUAGUUAACCCUCUUUCUUUCCUUCUCUUACAUAUUGCCACAAACCAAGCAUUUCUUUCUCACACUCGCCUGGCGGCUAACCUUUGUGUCUGCCUUAAUAAUAUAUCUCCGACCAUCACCGCCACCGCCACCGCCAAGCCCUGAUCGUUUGCUCUUCUUCAACGGUUUCAAUGGCUUCUUCCUUAUCGUGUUGUUACAAAUUCCUUCUAUAUCCUCUUAAGUUUUGUGAUUUCAAUGAAGUAUGCUGUUCUUCUCACAACCCACAAGCGAAGCUAAAAUAUAAAUCUCGUUCCCCAAAACAAUCGCCUUUGGCGGUCCAUUUCGCUAACCGAAAGAAGGGAGUGUCAACGAAAUGCAAUGUGUUGAGCGAAGGAGUGAAUGGGAGCGUGGAAGAUGAGAGCUUCAAUAACUCAAAUCUUGAGGAUAAGCAAUUCGUGCGUUCCUUUCGCGAGGCAUGGCCUUACUUGUGGGCCUUUCGUGGCAAUACCUUUGUUGUUAUUAUUUCCGGUGAAAUUGUCUCUAGUCCUUUCUUGGAUCCCAUUCUCAAGGAUAUAGCUUUCCUUCAUCACCUGGGAAUCCGGUUUGUUCUUGUUCCGGGUACCCAUGUGCAAAUAGAUAAGCUUUUGACUGAGAGAGGGAGCCAGCCUAAGUACGUUGGUAGAUAUAGAAUAACUGAUGAUGAAUCUCUAGAAGCUGCAAUGGAAGCAGCUGGGGGAAUAAGAUUGAUGAUAGAAGCAAAACUUUCUCCUGGACCUUCCAUAUGUAAUAUUCGUCGACAUGGUGACAAUAGUCGUUGGCAUGAAGUCGGUGUCAGUGUUGCCAGUGGUAACUUUCUUGCAGCCAAGAGAAGAGGGGUGGUCAGUGGAAUUGAUUUUGGGUCAACUGGGGAAGUUAAAAAAGUAGAUGCAUCUCGCAUGCGUGAGAGGCUUGAUGGUGGUUGUAUAGUUAUUUUAACCAACUUGGGCUACUCCAGCUCUGGACAAGUAUUAAAUUGCAACACCUAUGAAGUUGCAACUGCUUGUGCCUUAGCUAUAGGAGCGGACAAGCUAAUAUGCAUUAUAGAUGGUCCAAUACUUGAUGAGAGCGGACGCCUAAUCCGUUUCUUACCUCUUCAAGAAGCAGACAUGUUAAUUCGUAAACGGGCUGAGCAAAGUGAAACAGCUGCUAACUAUGUGAAAGCCGUUGAUGAAGAAGGUUUCAACUCUCUUGAGCAUAGAAGUUUUAAUGGGACAGUCCAAUCUCCACCUAAUGGAAAACCUUUUACAGAAUGGCAUAAUAAUGCAACCUUCCAUAAUGGUGUUGGUUUUGACAAUGGAAAUGGCUUAGAGUCUGGUGAGCAAGGUUUUGCUAUCGGAGGUCAAGAGCGACUUAGUAGAAUGAAUGGUUACCUGUCAGAAUUGGCUGCUGCAGCUUUCGUUUGCAGAGGUGGUGUUCAAAGAGUUCACUUGUUGGAUGGCACUAUUAGUGGAGUUUUGUUGUUGGAAUUGUUUAAAAGAGAUGGGAUGGGAACAAUGGUGGCUAGUGACCUUUAUGAAGGCACUCGGAUGGCACAGGUAAAAGAUAUUUCUGGGAUAAAACAAAUUAUUCAGCCCUUGGAGGCAUCUGGCAUAUUGGUUAAGCGGACUGAUGGAGAGCUGCUACAAACGUUGGAUUCUUUCAUUGUUGUGGAAAGAGAAGGUCAAAUAAUUGCUUGUGCUGCCCUCUUUCCUUUCUUUGAGGAGAAGUGUGGAGAGGUUGCUGCCAUUGCAGUAUCUCCUGAUUGUCGUGGCCAAGGACAGGGAGACAAAUUGCUUGAUUAUAUGGAGAAGAAAGCAUCAUCUCUUGGAUUGAAUAUGCUUUUCCUGCUCACAACUCGGACAGCUGAUUGGUUUGUGAGGCGUGGAUUUUCAGAAUGUUCAAUUGACUAUAUCCCUGAAAAGAAGAGGAAAAUGAUCAAUCUGUCCCGCAAUUCCAAGUAUUAUAUGAAGAAGCUUCUACCUAAUAAAAGUGGAAUUAUUGUCGGUAGAAAAUUUGCUUCAAAUUAGCGCUAUUUUCCUGUUUUCCUCCCACUACGGGGUGAAGGGUGAUUAGAUGCAUAUGUUAGGCACUUCUGUAGACAAUAGAUUGUAAUGUCGUAAUUAUAUGGUAGCUGUAAUCAGUAUCUCUUAUAGGUCUUCGACGUGUAGUAGCAUCAAGUUUUCUAUUGUUAAUUUAUAGUUAGUAUUUAUUUUCCUCAUGUCCACCUUCCUCUUUACCGAUAGAAAUAAUUAUUGAUGUGCUUGUUUGAAAGAUACUUUUAUU